AACUGCACACACUGUCUAGUGCUUGCUUUAGCUUCAUUUACAACUAAACGCAAAUUAUUCGUUUUUUUUCCUUUUUUGUAUGUGUCGCGUCUCUGUACACAAAUGAAAAAUGUUUUCCGUAGUUCAAACGCGUAAGGGAAGAAAAUUUAAACCGCAAUUAACUGUUGUGCCAACUACGUGGGUAGGCAAUAACUGUGUUUUCUGGCCACCAAAUUCGCUUGUCUCUUUAUCGAGAGAUGCUUCAUCCAGGCCAGGCCAGACAUGGAAUGCUGGCAAAGCAAAAAUUUUGGCAAGUGAAGAAACGUAUGAGGCGGCCGAAUCGAUGAUGACUGAAUUAGAAAAACUCACUGAUUCGGAGGAAGCGGAAGUAAUGGAAACCCGCUAUGCUUUACCCAAAAAGAAAGAUAAAUUUUCAACAAAAUGUUAUCAACUAAUUGAUGAGAUAUCUGAGUGUGAUAUUAAAAACUGUACUGUGUCGUCGGAAAUUCCAAAGUUAGACCCCACAUAUACUCUAGUCGCCAACACAUUAGAUUCAAUGCAAUCGAUAUCAUCUGCUCCAAUGGUUACUUCUUCGAGCACUGUUGUUGCCAAUCUCACUGGAACGAUCCCGGUAACGGAAGCUAAUAUUGAAGGUGGAGUACUGAGUAAUGGCCAUCAAAUGCCUUGCAAAACUGACGAUGAAAUGUGCACGUAUAUACAGCUGGAUGAUGGAAGAUCCCAUGAACGAAUUGGCAAAAAUUCAUACCCGGCUUAAUGCUAUACACGAAGAACUGAGUGCCGUUAAAGGCCUCAUCGGAAAAAUGUUUGAAUUUACGGCUAAUAUCGAAAAAUUUCUAAACAAAAUCAAUCCAUCCGCAGCAAUAGAAAACAUUCAGCCGGAAGAUUCAGAACAAUGUCGGAAAUGGCUUAUAAUUGCAUCGGUACAAGAUUUGUUAUUACUCGAAAACAUACUUCAAGAUGUCAAUAUUGAAACUUGUUUGCUUCGACAUUGUAAAAGUGUAUUUGAGCUAACUGGAAAACGAGAAGGGGUUGCUUUCUUUAAAACUUUUGUACGUAAAGUGAUUUCUCCAGAAGUUCUGCAACCUUACUCGUGGCAAGGAAAGUCACGGAAGAAGAAGAAAACUGACAUAACUAUUGAAUACCAAAACGAGAGCUUCCGUGAUCAAUUUCCGAAUUUCAUACGAUUUGUGUACAAUGUUGUUCACUUAGCUGACUUUCAGUUUACUCAGGAAAGAAAUGAAAAAUCGUUUGCUUCUUUUUUGCGCAUGAAGAAUGUCGAGUUACAAAGAUUUGGAUUUAAUAACAAAGAGCGCAGAACUUCAUAUGUUAGAAAGCGUAAAAGCGCUGCACAAAAAAUUUCAGAACAAAUUCCAUAUAUAAGAAAUACAACACACGAGAUAUCGCACGAAGACGAACAAUAUGAUAGCUCCGAAAAUGAAUCUGACUCAUGUUAAGUACGCGAUUUGAAUUUUGAGUAGUUAUUUUGUAUCUUAGUGGAAAGUUUGAACUCUCAUGUAUUAUUACAUCAUCUCACGUUCAAUGAAUAAUGAACUUGUUAU